UACAAUGCAGCUUCUUAGGCCAAGAGGAGGCGUCACCUUCAAUCAGUCCUACGUUCUGCAGGUGUGCGCUCCUACCCGCUCCGCCUUACUCACGGCCAGAUACCCCUACACAUACGGCAUGCAGAUCAACGAUAUCAAAGGAGCUAACCUGGUGUGGCUGAACACCACCUUGAAACUCUUUCCCGAGUACAUGAAAGAGAACGGCUACGACACCUACAAGGUGGGCAAGUGGCACCUUGGCCACUGCAACAAGACCCUAACUCCCUUGUGGCGAGGGUUCGACUACGACUUCGGCUUCUACACUAACGCCCUGGGCUUCUUCAACCACUCGGGGCAGAGUCCUUUUCCUAACGACUUCCCGCAACCAGACUGA